AUAGCCCAUUGUGUAGCUUUGUGCUUAACUUAUGACAGGUAGUAUCUGGUAAGUACUUGUAUAUUCUAGAUAAUGUUGUUUACCUCUAGGAUGAUAUAUGGUGCCUGGCUGUUUUUCACCUUUAUUUUUUCCUUAUUUUGAUGAAACCCUGGAUUUGUUCGGUAAGUACUUGUAUAUUCUAGAUAAUGUUGUUUACCUCUAGGAUGAUAUGGUGCCUGGCUGUUUUCUCACACCUGCUGAAGAACGAAUGUUGUGUAAACAGUUUGAGUGGAUGUUAAGAGAUUUCUGCAAAAAGUUUCAACCUCCAAUGCCAAGAAGUGUUGUAGGAACAUCAUUUAAUUAUUUCAAGCGAUUUUAUCUUCACAAUUCGGUGAUGGAUUAUCAUCCAAAACACAUUAUGGCGACUUGCGUCUACCUAGCCUGCAAGGUGGAAGAAUUCAAUGUCUCAAUAACACAGUUUGUAGCAAACAUAAAAGGAGAUAGAGUAAAAGCUUCCGACAUUAUUUUAAACAAUGAACUACUACUGAUGCAACAAUUAAAUUACCAUCUAACAAUUCACAACCCAUUCAGACCAGUGGAAGGAUUUUUGAUUGAUAUAAAGACAAGAUGCCCAGGGGUGGCUGAUCCUGAAAGAUUCCGACAUCUGAUUGAUGAUUUUCUAGACCGAACGUUUUCAACUGAUGCUUGCUUGCUUUACGCCCCUUCUCAGAUUGCUUUAGCUGCAGUUCUUUAUGCAUCAAAUAAACUAAAAGAAACUUUGGAAACUCAAAAACUUCAGAAUAUAACAUUUAUUACAGAUUCCUUAUUUGUACAAUUAGUAAACAUAUUUGAAAUUAAUUCACAUCUUCCUGGUGUUUUACCAGUUUUUUUUUUCCUUGUUAAACAAAAUUCUGCGAUUCUCUCUUUUUGUCAAAUGUAUAAAAUUCUGUUUAUUCUCUUUGCAGCUGUUUGGACAAUGGUUAAAAGUAUUGAAUUUCCUCAAAAGGAUAAGAUGAAAGCAAUUGAGAAGAAACUUGAGAAGUGUAGAAAUGAAGAAAACAACCCAGACAGCUCAGUUUAUAAAAGAAAGCUCCAACAGAUGAUUGAAGAUGAAGAAGAAAUGGAAGACACUAGAAAAUAUGUUAAAUUAACUGAGGAGCAGCUACGAAAUGAAGAGCAGCUACUCACGUGUACAUCUCAACCUUCGAUUUCCCUUCGAUAGUAAUUAAAAUCUAUUAUGUGUUUUUUGUUUUCAAAUACAAGUUUGUAAAGCAGUUUAACUAUGUGGUUAAUAGUGGUCUGGAUUUUUCAACUUUUAUUUAAUAUAUUACAGCACUAUCAGUA